AGGAGCUACAGAGUUGAUUGAUGUUAUUUGCAUAAGCUUGUACUAACAGCUGGGGCUAUUGUAAAUAGCCUACGGAUUAUUCUGAAGAGAAGAUACUAACGUAAUUCAUUCCGUUAGCAAGAGAGGACAAACAUCUUCCUUCGAUUCUUAUCUCUCCUCUUCGUCUUUUGUCCCUGACCUCUGUGGUCCCACAUCGGCUGUUAAAAAUCUCGUCCUCUGUGAUUUCUAUCGGACACUCGACCAGGAGUUGGCAGGAAGCAGAAAGGAUGUUCUGAAGAUACCAACUGUGUCUCAACAACAUGAAGGCAGUAGAGAGGGGUGCUACUGGAACCAUGGUGUGGUCUACUAUUUAUGAUACAGAUAAGAUGAACACCCCUUCAAGCUUUGUCCCUCGGAUGCAGUUGCAGGCUGCAGGUGCUUCAUCACAAUUGGAUCACGUGUGUGCCCUUGAUAUCGACUCAAAAGCUUCAUAUGUCCGUUUGUCAGGAAUAAUUUGCACAAUUGGCCCUGCAUCCAAAGAUGUGGCAGUGCUGGAGAAGAUGAUGGAAACUGGGAUGAAUAUUGCUCGCCUCAACUUCUCACAUGGUAGUCAUGAGUAUCAUGGAGCGACCAUUGCUAAUAUCAGAAAAGCUGUUGCUAACUAUAGCAAGAAAAUAGGCAUGAAUUAUCCAUUGGCUAUCGCCUUGGACACCAAGGGCCCCGAGAUUCGCACAGGAUUGUUGGAAGGGGGUGGGUCAGCUGAAGUUGAAUUGAAAAAAGGUGACUCAAUCAAGUUAACCACAGACAAGGCAUUUGCUGAGAAAGGAAGCACUCAAAUAGUCUUUGUAGAUUAUGAGAAUAUCACUAAGGUGGUGAAGCAGGGAAACAGGGUGUUUGUUGAUGAUGGACUCAUAUCGCUGGUUGUCAACAGUGUUGGUCCUUCAGAGUUGGCAUGCACUGUGGAGAAUGGUGGAUUGCUGGGCAGCAGGAAGGGUGUAAAUCUUCCAGGAGUGCCUGUGGACUUGCCUGCAGUGUCUGAGAAGGAUAAAUCAGAUCUUAGAUUUGGUGUUGAACAGGACGUGGACAUGAUAUUUGCUUCUUUCAUCCGUGAUGCAGCAGCCCUUCAAGAAAUUCGUGGAAUUUUGGGUGAAGAGGGAAAGAACAUUCUCAUAAUUUCUAAGAUUGAGAACCAUCAAGGUAUGGUGAACCUAGAUCAGAUAAUUAAAGCUUCAGAUGGUAUUAUGGUGGCUCGUGGUGAUCUAGGUAUUGAGAUACCUCCUGAGAAAGUGUUUCUGGCACAGAAGGCAAUGAUUGCACGGUGCAACAAGGUGGGAAAACCAGUUAUCUGUGCCACGCAGAUGCUGGAAUCAAUGGUAAAGAAGCCACGUCCUACCCGAGCUGAGGGUUCAGAUGUAGCAAAUGCCAUUCUGGAUGGUGCUGAUUGUGUGAUGUUGUCUGGCGAAACAGCUAAAGGUGAUUAUCCUCUUGAGUGUGUCCUCACAAUGGCAAACAUCUGUAAAGAAGCAGAAGCUGCCAUCUGGCAAAGACAGUUGUUCCAGGAACUGAGUACCCAGGCACUUCCACCAAUAGAUGUAGCUCACACCAUUGCAAUUGCUUCAGUAGAAGCAUCAGCCAAGUGCCUGGCUGCAGCAAUCAUUGUUAUAACAACAUCUGGUCGUUCAGCUCAUCUCAUCUCUAAAUACCGCCCAAGGUGUCCCAUCAUCGCAGUAACUCGAUAUGCGCAAGUUGCUCGACAGUCCCAUCUCUUCAGAGCCAUUCUUCCUCUUUGUUACACAGAGGGUACUCUGCCUGACUGGCUGAAAGAUGUGGAUGCAAGAGUUCAGUUUGGUCUCAAAUUUGGCAAGGGACGAGGCUUCAUAAAGGCAGGAGAUCCUGUUGUUGUUGUGACAGGCUGGAAGCAAGGCCCAGGAUUUACCAACACUAUACGCAUUGUCAAUGCUGAAUGAAAUUCAAGCACUCUUAUGUGAGUUACGGAAAGAAUUACAGUUAAGUAAAGAAUAAAGUUACUAGUGGUUUAGAAUGUCACAUGAUUGAUGUUACAAAUCUUGUUUCCAUCACGUAAUUAUACAUAACAAAUGUUUCAGUAAUACAAUUAUGUUUACUGGAAUGGUUAUUAUGUUAAUUCAAAGUAUGUGAUAAGACAUGAAGUCUGUAACAGAAUUUAUUUAAAUUAUGUCUAUAACUUAAUACUUUUUCAGGUUAUUGGUACACAUUGAUUUGAAAUAAUGGCAUCAGUAUUAAUUUCUGUACCAGGAAUUUUAUAUGACGAUAUUGUUAAUACUCUGAACAUAAGGAACAUUCUAGUUAUUUGAACUGGAAUAGGUAUUACCUGAAAUGUAUAUUUUGUCAUUGUGAUUAUGGUUUAAUAGGAAUCAAUAAUUUUGUAUAAAAUAAAUAUUUCAGACUAAAUUAAAAUUUGUAAUUGUUAAUGCAAGCUUUGAUAGAAAUUGUGGCAGGAUGAGAGAGGUGUCUUGAUUAUUUUGUCACUUAUAAUUCUGUUAAAUUAAGAGUUUCUUUUAGACAGACAGUUGGUAGUGUCAGGAUGUUACUUGAAGAUUUAUCCACAUUUAAAAAUAGAAUACUGAAAAGAAAGUGGGAUUGUAAUGGAUGCAUUGAGAUGAACAUGUAUUUUGUUACAUUCUAGUCGGAUGUGGUAUGUGUAUUGUUCUAUUCUAGAUGAAAACAGUGGUAUAGUUCUCAUUACAAAUUAAUUAAUACUUAAAAUUAAGAGAAAAAAAAUGAUAUGCAUACAUUUAAGUCUGUUGUUCAUAAGUUAUAUUUACCUUCUGUCAUCUUCCAGAACUUCAUGAAACUGCUUUUAUUUAUUUAAUUUUGAUAUAUGAAGCGUUUAUAUGUAAAAGCACCCUACCUAACUCUUAAGUGCUCAAAUGCCCUGAAAUAAUUUUUAUGGUUCUUGGGGCUGCACCGACACUUUCUUCGAUGAAGUGUUUCAUGCACUGUUUCCAUCUUCAUAUGAUUUUGAUGAGAUAUCUUGGAAAUGUAUGACCACAGUGUCCUUAAUUUAUGGAAUUUCAGUUGAACUUAUUGGUCAAAAUCUUGAGUAUCACAUAUCAGAAUCUUCAUACAAGUUUGGGGAAUUAUAUAUUUUGUUUCUUGCAUUUGUUUUGUGAAAACUGAAAAGCAUGUGAACUGUAGAAAAGUGAGAUUCCUGUUUAGCUUCUGGGAAAUAGAGUGAAAUGUUAAUAAAAUAAAUGUCAGGUCAAUGAAAAUUCCA